AAGUGAGAAGACUACGGACACGGAAGUGCCUGGGAAAACCUGGCAGAUGUACUGUGAAAAAUGAUAAUCACAAACACCCACCACCAAACCCCAGGGCUACUCUCGGAAAGCAUCGCACCCGCAAUUACGUAUCCUAGGAGCAAAGUCGCUUAAGAUUGGUAACAAGCGCCUGCCGCUGCAACCUCCAUUUUGCUUCCUGGCAGAGAAUAAAAUGGACUUGUGCCCCACUGGCAUUUCACCCUUCAGGAGGGCAUCGGUCUCUUCACCUUCGAGAGCACCUGAGUGGUAACCUGGCGGUAAGGAACCAGAGCAGUACCAACGCAGGUCACGAAAAACCUCGAACCCGGAAUGCCCUCACUCAACAUGGCGGCUGAGAGGACAUCCGCGCAUGCUCGCCCCUCAGUACCCGCCCCCUAGGGGCGGGACUACAGUGGGAGUGGGACGGAACUCCGCGGCCCUGCCCUAAGUCGGAGUCGCCUUUGGCGUCGCCCCGCUCCAGCCCGCGGAGAAAGCAUGGAGCCAGUGCCUGCGUCCACCGACGGCGGGGACAGGCCCGCGGCCCCCUCGGGCCUGUCGGCUUCUCAGCGUCGAGCGGAGCUGCGGAGGAGAAAGCUGCUCAUGAACUCCGAGCAGCGCAUCAACCGCAUCAUGGGCUUUCACAGGCCCGGGAGCGGCGCCGAAGAAGAAAAUCAAACAAAAUCAAAGCCCCAGGACAGUGACAAACUGAACUCCCUCAGCGUUCCUUCCGUUUCAAAGAGGGUGGUGCUCGGCGAUUCAGCCAGUGGUGGAACAGCUGGCCAGCCCGGUGCUGUGGCGGAGGUUCAGGGCGCUCAGCUGGGAGACAAACUGGACUCACUCAUCCAGCCACCAGAGUGUGGUAGUAGUGAUGGUGUAGAGCUCCGGCAUCGCAGCAGAGGUGACCCUGCAGCAGCUGCGGCCCAGAGGGCGUCGCACCACGGUCUAGAACAGUACCUUUCCAGGUUUGAGGAAGCCAUGAAACUGCGCAAACAGCUCAUCAGCGAGAAGCCCAGCCAGGAAGAUGGAAGUUCAACAGAAGAAUUUGACUCUUUCCGAAUAUUUAGAUUGGUGGGGUGUGCUCUUCUUGCUCUCGGCGUCAGAGCUUUCGUUUGCAAAUAUUUGUCUAUAUUCGCUCCAUUUCUUACUUUGCAACUUGCGUACAUGGGACUAUACAAAUAUUUUCCAAAGGGUGAGAAGAAGAUAAAGACCACAGUGCUGACGGCUGCGCUGCUGCUGUCUGGAAUCCCUGCUGAAGUGAUAAAUCGGUCCAUGGAUACCUAUAGCAAGAUGGGCGAAGUCUUUACAGAUCUCUGUGUCUACUUUUUCACUUUCAUUUUUUGUCAUGAACUGAUUGAUUAUUGGGGUUCUGAAGUACCCUGAAAUCCGAAGAACUCAGAAGUUUACAAAGUGAAAACAAUUUCUCUUCUAUAUUACAGUGUCUCUAAAGGGGACAAAUUGGUUUAUAUCUUUAUGAAAUUCUUUUACUCUGCAGAAAACUAACUUAUUAGUUUCCCUGAUUUAAAAGGGUUGACUUUGUAUCAGUACUGGUAUGAGUAACCAAAUAGAAUAACAAUGUCAUUAACAGUUUUUCUUGUUUAAUUAGAAAUCCAGUCUUAUACCUUUCCCCUAACUUCUGACAUUUAUAAUCCCUCUUGUGGGACUGGGCUGUUACUUUGAGGGGAGUAGAUAAAGUGAUCUCAGCCUGCCUAAAGGACUGUGACUUGGAUUUGUGUCAUUCUGUCCUGAAAAGUGAAAACAUCCUAAAAAUAAAGUGAAUGGAAUUGAA